AUGGCAUCAUUGGGUUGGGAGGAUAUAGUUUUGGAUGGUCUAGAAGGAAUCUGUAGUUUAUUCGAUAGCAUUUACUUCAUAAAAACUUUGGGUAUCAUCACAGAUAAAAGCUUCCUCUAUAGAAAAAUCAUUCAAAAUAAUUUCUCUUUAAAACUAUGGUUGGCUACACUUUUACUGAUUAUUAAAAAAUUAGUAGUCAAGCUGUUUCAAAACUAUAAAAUCUUGAGAUUUUUGAAAAUUGAAUUGAAACAGCAUAUCAACAACAACAACAACAACAACAAAAAUAAUCACAUCAAUAGCAUCCUAUUGGAAAAACUAAACAAGAAAAUCAACCAACAUUAUAACUUCAUUAAAUUAAAUUUAUUAGAUUUAAUACAAAAUCUCUUGUAUUGUGCUAUAGUCAUCAUUGAAUUAUUGAAAUUAAAAAUUUCAAAAAAAUCAAAGUUUAUUUUAGAACUAUUAGCAAAUUCAAUUACAAUUGUAAAACAUAUUUAA